GAGUCAAACCUCGCGAGAUUUCGGCCGUGCAGCAAUGGCGAGACCAUGCCGCGUCACUGCUCCGCCGCCGGCUGCUGCACACGGGACACGCGCGAGACGCGCAACCGCGGCAUCUCUUUCCACAGACUUCCGAAGAAGGACAACCCGAGGCGAGGCUUGUGGUUGGCCAACUGCCAGAGGCUGGACCCCAGCGGCCAGGGCUUGUGGGACCCGGCAUCCGAGUACAUCUAUUUCUGCUCCAAACACUUCGAGGAGAACUGCUUUGAGCUGGUGGGAAUCAGUGGGUAUCACAGGCUGAAGGAGGGAGCAGUUCCCACCAUAUUCGAGUCUUUUUCCAAGUUGCGUCGAACGACCAAGACCAAGGGGCACAGUUACUCCUCUGGUCCCCCGGAUGUUAGCCGGCUCCGGCGAUGCAGGAAACGCUGCUCGGAGGGCCGAGGGCCCACAACUCCAUUUUCUCCGCCUCCCCCUGCUGACGUCACCUGCUUCCCGGUGGAAGAGGCCUCGGCCCCUGCGGCUUUGCCUGCCUCCCCCUCUGGGAGGCUGGAGCCUGGCCUCAGCAGCCCCUUCUCAGACCUACUAGGACCCCUGGGUGCCCAGGCAGACGAAGCAGGCUGCAGCACCCAGCCCUCACCCGAGCGGGAGCCAGAGCGGCAGCCAUCCCCUCUAGAGCCACGACCCGUCUCCCCCUCGGCCUACAUGCUGCGCCUCCCACCGCCCGCUGGAGCCUACAUCCAAAGUGAGCACAGCUACCAGGUGGGCAGCGCCUUGCUCUGGAAGCGGCGGGCUGAGGCCGCACUGGAUGCCCUGGACAAGGCCCAGCGCCAGCUGCAGGCCUGCAAGCGGCGGGAGCAGCGGCUGAGGCUGCGGCUGACCAAGCUGCAGCAGGAGCGGGCACGGGAGAAGCGGGCGCAGGCGGAUGCCCGCCAGACUCUGAAGGACCAUGUGCAGGACUUCGCCAUGCAGCUGAGCAGCAGCAUGGUUUGAGCGAGGGGCUGCCCGCCAGGGCUCUGGCCUCCUUCUGCAUCAGAAUCCACCUGGAGAGGGACCUGAUCUGAGCUUGUCCACUGGACCUGCCAGAUGCCAUAAUAAAGUGGAUUCUAGAAAGAGA